CAUCGGCAAUACUUACCGUCCAGAUUGUUCGACACUACAAAUCGCUUUUUAAAACGUUUUAAUCGAGAAAGGAUUUUCUUCACGAAGCCUUCUACGUAGCAGAGUCGAGAAUUUGCGGUUUCGGUGAAUUGAUCGAUAUCAAAAAUGAUUUCCACCGAACGUAUUGCGAUAAUCAUCUUUGGGUUAGCCCUUUUCAUAACUUCAGGUUCCGCUUUACGAUGUUGGGUGUGUUCAUCUAAUGUAAAUGUCAUGUGUAAUGAUCCAAUGAAUACUACAGAUCAUCAGGCUGCGUUUCACAUAAGGACUUGUGAUCCAGGUCCCUACGGCUCUUCAAAACCCAUCUGUCGCAAAAUCGUCAAACGAGAAUACGGCGAUCGGAUUAUCAUACGCCAAUGUUCUACUCCAUAUCAUGACGAAAUUGACGUCACUGACGGUCAAUGCGGCAAUUCCAUGACACAACCAGGACGUGAUGUAAUCGAAUCUUGCCACAUCUGUAGUAACGAUUUGUGCAAUUCCGCAACGUCCAUCUCCACCAUGAGAUUGCUUUACAUCGCCGUAAUAAUGUUUCUUGCCUGUACUUUCUAUCAGUCGAAAUAUUUUCUUUAACUUUAUAAUAAUCUAUAGUUAAUAAAAGAGAGAUAAAAGAAAGAAGAGUAAUUUGAACAAUAUCUACGAAUACUAUUGAAAUAUAAAUACUACUGGAACGAACGCAGAUCUAUAUGUUACCUUUGUUAAGAGUGAUCUGAGAGAGAAUGUUUCAAGGUGUCUUUAUCAUUGUCUAACUUGUAUAUGUAGCUAUAAUUGCGCACGUGCUGUAGACAGUAUUGCACACGCGCAGUCAUAGUUAAGUAUAGAGGGUAGAAAAGAAUAAAGAUUAUCAUUUGAAACGCUCUUCGUUGGAUUGCAAAACUAGCGUUAAAGAUCGCUCCAGUAAUAUUAUAUUUCAUGCGACAAAUACGUAUCAGGCCCGUCCAAUUUGAGCUCCGGAGUCAAAAUACGAAACCAUCGACGCAAAAAAGUUUAACGUGGAUAAGAUUUCAGGAGCUGUAAAGUAUUGAUAAGCGUCACUCAGGUGCGUAUCAACAUUUUACAUAGUUCUCGAAAUCUUACAUACAUUGAAUGUUUUGCGUAGAUGAUUCUAAAUUUUGGCUUUGGAGCUCAAAUUGGACAGACCUGCUUAAUGUUGUAAAUCUACGACUAACAAAUUUUCACUGUGUGAAACGAAUGUUGUUUUCCGAUUCGAUGGUGAUUCAAAAAAUGUAUAAAAGAUGUGACCAAAAAUCCAAUAUGGGAAACGAAAAUUACGAACAAGAAAGCACACAAUCUUUAUAAUUAAUAUUAAUUCUCAAUCGAAUUGCUGUAAGUACAAAAUAAAAGAUCUAACAUAAUCAUGUGUAGACCCUAUUUUUCUUUCAGAGUA